AGAUGUCCCACCAUGCUUUUCGAUCGGGCCGAGAAGAAAAGGCGUCAUGAUGCAGUCCGCUAGUGGCUUAGGGCUACAUCUGUUUAAAAUUAGAAACAAAUCUGCUUAGGUUCCGAAUAAAUCUCUUGAAAUAAGUCUGCUGAUAAAGUGUGAGACACUCAUGGUUCUUCAGAGAAAGUUUGUCCAGGAGAAUCUAGGCUGUUGAUGACAGCUAGCUAGCUGCGCUUUGGGGAUUGUUGGUUAAGCUCGUCACCAUGGCGACAGACGUGGGCUCACCGCAGCGCUUCUUCCACAUGCCACGCUUCCAGCACCAGGCGCCACGGCAGGUGUUCUACAAGAGGCCGGACUUUGCGCAGCAGCAGGCCAUGCAGCAGCUCACCUUCGACGGCAAGCGGAUGAGAAAGGCUGUGAACCGCAAGACCAUCGACUACAACCCGUCUGUUAUCCGAUACCUGGAGAACCGUCAGUGGCAGCGGGACCACCGAGACUUCAGAGGCAUCCAGCCUGAUGCUGGCUGCUACAAUGAUCUCGUUCCUCCUCUCGGCAUGUUGAACAACCCCAUGAACGCAGUCACCACAAAGUUUGUCCGAACCUCCACCAAUAAAGUCAAGUGUCCUGUUUUUGUCAUCAGGUGGACUCCUGAAGGCCGCCGGCUGGUGACUGGAGCCUCCAGUGGAGAAUUCACUCUGUGGAACGGACUAACCUUCAACUUUGAGACCAUCCUGCAGGCCCACGAUAGUCCGGUCCGGGCCAUGACCUGGUCACACAAUGACAUGUGGAUGCUGACGGCGGACCACAGCGGCUACGUCAAGUACUGGCAGUCCAACAUGAACAACGUCAAGAUGUUCCAGGCUCACAAGGAGGCCAUUAGAGAAGCCAGCUUUUCUCCCACCGAUAACAAAUUCGCCACCUGUUCCGAUGACGGCACCGUCCGGAUCUGGGACUUCCUCCGCUGCCACGAGGAGCGAAUCCUCCGAGGUCACGGUGCUGAUGUGAAGUGUGUGGACUGGCACCCCACCAAAGGCCUGGUGGUGUCGGGCAGCAAAGACAGUCAGCAACCGAUCAAGUUCUGGGACCCAAAGACAGGCCAGAGUCUGGCUACACUCCACGCCCACAAGAACACAGUGAUGGAGGUGAAGUGGAACCUGAAUGGUAACUGGUUGCUGACCGCGUCACGUGACCAUCUCUGCAAACUGUUUGACAUCAGGAACCUGAAGGAGGAGCUGCAGGUGUUCCGAGGGCACAAGAAGGAGGCCACAGCUGUCGCUUGGCAUCCCGUACACGAAGGUCUGUUCGCCAGCGGAGGCUCCGACGGCUCGCUCCUGUUCUGGCACGCCGGAGUGGAGAAGGAGGUGGGAGGCAUGGAGAUGGCUCAUGAAGGUAUGAUCUGGAGUCUAGCCUGGCACCCACUGGGUCACAUCCUGUGUUCUGGUUCCAACGACCACACCAGUAAGUUUUGGACGAGGAACCGACCCGGGGACAAGAUGAGGGACCGUUACAACCUGAACCUGCUUCCUGGGAUGUCAGAGGACGGCGUGGAGUAUGAUGAUGUAGAACCCAACAGCUUGGCCACCAUUCCUGGGAUGGGAAUCCCAGAGCAGCUGAAAGCAGCCAUGGAACAGGAGCAGAGCAAUAAGGAGGUGGCUCCAGAAGUGGAGAUGUCCAUACCUGGGCUGGAUUGGGGCAUGGACGAGGUGAUGGGCAAAGAUUCCAAGAAGGUUCCUCAGAAGAAAGUCCCUUACGCCAAACCGAUUCCAGCGCAGUUCCAGCAGGCCUGGGCAGAGAACAAAGUUCCCAUGAUGCCUCCAUCUGCGGAUUUAUCCAAAGAUCGAAACAUGGAACAGAAGGUGGAGGGGAAGAAGAAAACCCAGGCAGAGCUGGAGCAGGAGAUGGCGGCGUUGCAGUACACCAACCCCCAGCUGCUGGAGCAGAUGAAGAUGAGCCAGAUGAUCUCGGAUGGGAAUAUGGGACCCCCACAAGGACCGGGUUCUAUGCAUCCCUUCCAGGGCCCUGGGGGUCCUGGAAGUUCUGGCCCUCCUGGUCAGCAGGGCUAUGCUCCAAACAUGCCUCCUCAGCAGAUGCCCAACAACAUGCCCCCCCCUAUAGGCCCUGGAGGGAUGCAGCAGUCUUUUAUGCAGCCUGGACAGAUGGGUCCCCCCUCUGGAACCCCAUCUCAUCAGGGUCCCCCUCAAGGCAUGAUGGGACCAUCAGACAUGCAGGAACAACAAAGACAUCCUGGCCCACCAAGGCAUAUGGGCCCUCAAGGACCUCAUAGUAUGGGGCCCAGAGGGAUGCAAGGGCCUCCUGGUGGGAUGAUGAGCCACCCUCCUCGAGGAAUGGGUCUAAGGGACCCUCAGGGGCCCCCACCUCAGGGCGGAAUGAUGCCACAUCAAGGAAACAUGAUGGGGCCUCAGGGCCAACUGCAGGGUGGAAUGAUGGGGCCACCACCCAGGACACACGGCAACAUGCCUAACAACUAUGGGAUGGGCAACAUGCAGGGGCCGCAAGGAGGAAUGCAGGGGCCGCAAGGAGGAAUGCAGGGGCCGCAAGGAGGAAUGCAGGGGCCGCAAGGAGGAAUACAAGGACCUCAUGGGAACAUGCAGGGCCCCUCGUAUAUACAGCACCAGGGUCAGAACUCUGGGCCUAUGAUGCAUGGAAUGGGGCCACAGGGGCCCAACAAUAAGGGAGACCAUCGAGGGCCACCCCCUAACCACCACUUGGGCCCUUCUGACCGGCAGGGUCCCGGAGGUUCAGGAGGACCGGACUCGGGUUCAGGUUCUUACUGGGGAGACAACCAGCAGGGACGAAGGGGCCCGCAGGACUUUGAUGGAGGGCAGGACUUUCACAGCCGAGGAGAGGAUAGCUGGAGACCAAAAGGACCAGGACCUGGUCCAGGGUACCAGGGGGGCGGCCACAGAGGGGGAGGGCACCGAGGCGGAGGAGGGAACUGGGGCCCUGAUGAGCGUUUCAGUGGGGGGGACUUCAGAGGACGGCGGGACGACAGGUUCAGAGGGGGUGGAUCUGGACGACCAGGGGGGCGGGGCUAUGCUGAGGAGUACAGUGGCCAGGAGGAGGGCUUUGACAACGCUGAGGAAAUAAGCCGAGGCUGGGACUCAGGGGGCCGUGUGAGGCCCCCGCGAGGAGGUGGUCCACCACGAGGAGGAGGUCAUGACGGGUAUCGGGACGACGGUUCGUCUCCUGGUGGUCGGGAGCGUCCCUCGUCCAUGCAGGGAAUGGACAUGGCGUCUCUGCCGCCCCGGAAGCGUCCUUGGCAGGACGGUCCAGGAACAGGAGACCACGAGCUUCCUGAUGGAGGUCGUCCUCCUCCGAGGGACGACGCCGGCGGUUACGGUCCCUCUGGCCGAGGUGGGCGGGGCGGCUGGGGUCCUGGUGGAGGCCUGGGACCCGGAGCGGGUCUCCGGCGAGGAGGACCGCCUCCCAGAGGAGGUCCGAGGGGCGGUGGGCGAGGCCGGUAGUGCUAGUGUCCUCUGAGCGCCUCCAUGGAUCCUGAAAACUCCAGACUGUUGGUCAUGUGACCAGAGCGGCGGCUGGCUCACCUGAGCAGCAGGUGUAUCAUACUGUAGAGACUGGUGGCUGUUUGUUUCUGCGGCGUUUUCUAACAGAUUUCUAUGUGUUUGUGUUUUCACCGAGCUGGACAAUAAAGAUUCACACUUCAA